AUGGCCGAGAGAGAGCUCGCAGAUCUGCUUAAGCAGCUCCACAAGACGCUGCAGUCCAAGCAGUAUCAGCAAGCCGGCUCAAUACUGUCACGCGCAAAGAUCGCCCUUCUCGGUCUCAACGCCCUCAUCCCAACCGAAUCAACACCGUCUAAGCACCUCCAACUCGCCCGCGAAACCCUCGAGCUCGGCGCCGUCAUCUCCAUCCGCUUACAAGACCCCGUUUCCUUCACCCGCUACUUUCAGCAACUGCAACCCUUCUACGCACUACCGGAAGACAAACUACCUAGGAAAGGUAGUAACGCGAGCAAAAUUACCGGCCUGUAUCUGCUUCUGUUGCUCAGUGAUGGCGACUACGCGGGGUUCCACACGCUAUUGGAGACGCUUGAGGUGGCGGCUGCGCAGGCGGGGCGGGGACUCGAGGAUGAUCAGUUCAUUCAGUAUCCGAUAAGAUUGGAGCAGGCGCUCAUGGAGGGAAGCUACGACCAGGUGUGGAGGCAGACGAAAGGCUCAAAUGCGCCCAGCGAGGAGUUCGCGCUGUUCUCAGAUGUCCUCAUCGGUACCAUUCGCAAAGAAAUCGCCUCGUGCAGCGAGAAAGCGUACCCCUCGAUCCCCAUCUCAGACGCCAAAUCGCUCCUCUUCCUCGAGUCAGAAGGCAGCGUCGUCAACUUUGCGAAGGAGUCGGGCUGGGUCGUAAAGGAUGGCAGGAUAUACUUCCCGCAAGAGGACGGCGAGUUCGCAAGCAAGGACAUACUCGUGACGAGCGACCAGGUCAUUGAGAAUACGUUGGGGUACGCACGAGAGUUGGAGACGAUCGUUUAA